AUGGCCGCAACAACUCGCACCCCCACUCUACUACUCACACUCCUCCUACUCACCGUCGGCGGCGCGUCAACCUCACUCGACACCUUCGUCUACGGCGGGUGCUCACGGCUCAAGUUCUCGCCGGGUUCACCCUACGAGUCAACCCUCAACUCGCUACUCACCUUACUCGUCAACUCAGCCUCCUUCACCCUCUACAACAACUUCACCUCCGCCGCCGUCCCGGUCCUCUACGGCCUCUACCAGUGCCGCGGCGACCUCUCCGCCGCCGCCUGCCGCACCUGCGUUGCCGGCGCCAUCGCCCGGCUCGCCGCCCUCUGCCCGCCGGACGCCGCCGGCGGCGCCGUGCAGCUCGACGGCUGCUACGUCAGGUACGACAACGUGUCUUUUCUCGGCGUCCAGGACAAGACCGUGGUGCUGAAGAAAUGCGGCGCGUCGUCGGUCGGGUACGACUCCGGCGCGUCGGCGAGGAAGGACACCGUGCUGGAUUACGUGGUGGCCGGCGGCGGCAAGGCGUAUAGGGUGGGCGGGUCCGGCGGCGGCGUUUAUGCGGUGGCGCAGUGCGUGCAGGACCUGAGCGUGGGGCAGUGUCAGGAUUGUAUGACGGCGGCGGUCGGGGUGCUGAAGUCCGACUGCGGCGCCGCCGCCGCCUGGGGGGAUGCGUUCUUGGGGAAGUGCUACGCGCGGUUCUCGGAAGGUGGCGCACACUCGCGCCACGGUAAUAACGACGACGACAAAGACGAUAACAACGACGUCGAGAUUGAGAAGACACUGGCAAUACUGAUCGGACUUAUUGCCGGAGUUGCCCUCCUCAUCGUCUUCCUCUCCUUCCUCAGACAACUCUGCCAAAAGGGCAAAGGUGGCAAAUAGCUUCAACAAUUCGACUUUUUUGUUCACUGCCGCCGAUUUUCGGUUGUUAUGUAAAGCUUGUUUCACAUCAUUCACUGAACAAGACUAGGGCAACAAACUGGUAUCAUAUGGUCCAUAUAUGUAAGAAGAAAAGACAGGGGAAGGAAGAAAGGAAAGCAAAGAGGGAAAAGGAUUGCAAUUGCUGUUAUUAAAUAGAAGAGAUUCCACAAUCCAUUAGUGACUAGUUGUUUCGUCGUUUGCUCGUUGGGUAUGAAAGAUGAAUAGAGAAACCGUCUUCUCUAAAACCAUGGUUUAGUGAAUGUUUUUUUUUAUAUAUAUAAUAAUAUUGUAAGAAAUUGAAUACAGAGAGAGAAUUGUCAUGUACCAACAAUUAUCGACUCUUGUAAAGAAGAGAACAUCCAACAC